CUAUGCUUCUGCAGCUAUUCCAGUGUUAAGGUUUAAUCACCUACUACUGUUGGAGAAUUGGAGUGGCUGUCAAAGUCUACGUGAGCAGUAAAAGUGCCACUGUGGAGAGAUUUAAAACAUUACUGUAGCUUCAAAUAAAGAUUGCCUUAAACUACAACAUCUGAUUCCUCAACGGGAAAAAACUCUGUAACUAAAAUGACUUAAUGCUGUGUCCUGUGGGGGAAAUCUGAAGCCUCAAAAAUUCAUCACAGUGGCUGACUGAGUGGGCUACACUGGAAGGAGCCAUUUCUCUGGUGAAGUGGAAUAACUGAAUUUCUCCCCACACUACUUGCUGGGAAGUGCUGUCUACUGCCAGGAUUAAGCCAACACUGAAGUCUGGGAUGGGCCUUAGGGGCAAACACUCUCUUAUUUCUUCUUACGUUGGGAUUUGUCUACUGCCAGUCAGCUGAGACACCUGCUGCACAUCAGCUUUUGGUUUUUCACUGCCUGAACAACAUUACAUUUUCCUUCACUUCAUCUCCUUUUCACUACUUUUUUAUUUUCUUAGUUUCCAUUUUCUUUGACUGAUUAAUUUUCUCCUGGCUGUGGAAAAAAGAGCCCUGCUGAUGUUGAUUUAAAUAAUGUCGAAACCAAUGGGACUCCUAUGGCUGCCUUUGAUCUUCACCCCAGUUUGUGUCAUGUUGAAUUCUAACUUCCUCCUGUGGAUAACUGCACUGGCUAUAAGAUUUACUCUCAUCGAUGGCCAAGCACAAUACCCAGUUGUUACAACGAAUUAUGGCAAAAUACGUGGUUUAAGAACACCUUUGCCUAAUGAGAUCCUUGGUCCAGUGGAGCAGUACCUGGGUGUUCCUUAUGCCUCUCCUCCGACUGGAGAAAGGCGAUUUCAGCCCCCGGAGCCACCAUCAUCUUGGACAGGUGUCCGCAAUGCCACACAGUUCGCCGCCGUUUGCCCGCAGUACCUGGAUGAGAGGUCACUGCUCAACGACAUGCUGCCAGUCUGGUUUACAGCCAAUCUGGAUACUGUGGUGACAUAUGUUCAAGAUCAAAAUGAAGACUGUCUGUAUUUGAAUAUCUAUGUGCCCACAGAGGAUGGAGCCAACACAAAGAAAAGCGCAGAUGAUAUAACCAGUAAUGAUCGUGGUGAAGAUGAAGACAUUCAUGAUCAGAACAGCAAGAAACCCGUUAUGGUCUACAUCCAUGGUGGAUCUUACAUGGAGGGUACUGGCAACAUGAUUGAUGGCAGCAUUCUCGCAAGUUAUGGAAAUGUCAUUGUUGUCACUCUCAAUUACAGGCUGGGGGUUUUAGGUUUUUUAAGUACUGGGGACCAAGCUGCAAAAGGCAAUUAUGGAUUGCUUGACCAAAUCCAAGCUUUACGUUGGAUUGAAGAAAAUAUUGGAUCUUUCGGAGGAGACCCAAAAAGAGUUACUAUUUUUGGAUCUGGGGCAGGAGCUUCCUGUGUCAGUCUUCUGACACUUUCUCACUAUUCAGAAGGUUUGUUCCAAAAGGCAAUCAUACAGAGUGGAACAGCCCUGUCCAGCUGGGCAGUGAACUACCAGCCUGCCAAGUACACUCGCAUCUUGGCAGAUAAAGUGGGCUGUGACAUGCUGGAUACCACUGAUUUGGUUGAAUGUCUUCGGAAUAAGAAUUACAAAGAACUCAUUCAACAGACCAUCACGCCAGCCACGUACCACAUUGCCUUUGGGCCUGUGAUAGAUGGAGAUGUGAUUCCAGAUGACCCUCAGAUUCUUAUGGAGCAAGGGGAAUUCCUUAACUAUGAUAUAAUGCUGGGUGUGAAUCAAGGGGAAGGUUUAAAAUUUGUGGAUGGCAUUGUAGACAAUGAAGAUGGUGUUUCCCCCAAUGAUUUUGACUUUUCUGUCUCAAAUUUUGUGGACAAUCUAUAUGGUUAUCCAGAAGGGAAAGAUACACUGCGAGAGACCAUUAAAUUCAUGUACACUGACUGGGCAGACAAAGAAAACCCUGAAACAAGACGGAAGACUCUGGUUGCUCUUUUUACAGACCACCAGUGGGUCGCUCCAGCUGUUGCUACUGCUGACCUGCAUGCCCAGUAUGGAUCUCCAACAUAUUUCUAUGCAUUUUAUCAUCAUUGCCAAAGUGAAAUGAAACCCAGCUGGGCUGAUUCAGCUCAUGGUGAUGAAGUCCCUUAUGUGUUUGGGAUUCCUAUGAUUGGCCCCACAGAACUGUUCAACUGCAACUUUUCCAAGAAUGAUGUCAUGCUCAGUGCAGUAGUUAUGACGUACUGGACUAACUUCGCCAAAACUGGAGAUCCAAACCAGCCUGUUCCACAGGACACAAAGUUCAUCCACACAAAACCGAACCGCUUUGAAGAGGUGGCCUGGUCCAAAUACAAUCCUAAAGACCAGCUUUAUCUGCAUAUUGGCCUGAAACCCCGAGUUCGUGAUCACUACCGAGCAACAAAAGUUGCUUUCUGGUUGGAACUCGUACCACACCUUCACAACCUGAAUGAAAUAUUUCAGUAUGUUUCCACAACAACUAAAGUCCCCCCUCCUGACAUGACAUCAUUUCCUUACGUGACACGACGUUCUCCUGGUAAAUUGUGGCCAGCCACCAAACGCCCAGCAAUGACACCUGCCAACAACCCCAAACAUUCAAAAGACACCCAUAAAACAGCUCCGGAGGAUACAACAGUUCUGAUAGAAAACAAGAGAGAUUACUCCACAGAGCUGAGUGUCACCAUUGCUGUGGGGGCAUCCUUGCUGUUCCUCAAUAUUUUAGCUUUUGCUGCGUUAUAUUACAAGAAGGACAAGCGGCGUCAUGAGACUCACAGGCGCCCUAGCCCCCAGAGGAACACAACAAAUGAUAUCGCACACAUACAAAAUGAAGAGAUCAUGUCAUUGCAGAUGAAGCAGCUAGAACAUGACCAUGAGUGUGAAUCGCUGCAGGCCCAUGACACAUUGAGACUAACCUGUCCGCCUGACUAUACGCUUACUUUGAGAAGGUCCCCAGACGACAUCCCGCUAAUGACACCCAACACCAUAACCAUGAUUCCAAAUACAUUAACAGGAAUGCAGCCUUUGCAUACUUUCAACACCUUCAGUGGAGGACAAAACAGUACAAAUUUGCCCCAUGGACAUUCGACCACUAGAGUAUAGCUCAGCCCCUCCCCUCUACCCUCAGAAGCCACUUGGAAGAAAGAAAAAACAAACAAACAAACAACAAGCAGGAAAAAAAAAAAGAAGAGGAAAAAAUAAUAUAAACCAUCAGGUGAACACCUUGUCAAAAUCUAAAGUAAAAGCAAGUAAAAGAGAAGGACAGUCUUAUUUUCUUACUGAUCCUUCCCACAGAAACUCUCUGAUGUUAAAGAUCAACUACAAACCCUGUGAAAUGUGAAAAGUGUACAUUGCUGUUACGAUACUGCUUUAAGAUCUCAGCCACUUUGAUUGAAAAUUGAGGCCAGAAGAAGUCACUUAAAAUGGUAUUUUGAGUGUAACAAGCAAAGCAGAGUCUUCUGGAACACGGAGCCAGUGACUGUACAGGUGUUUUUGGUUUGGGUUUUUUUAAUUAAAGAAAAAAAAUAUUCUCUAUGUGCCAUACCAUGAAUGGCCCUUGUUAAAACAAAGACAUCACCAUGGGCUUUUACCCAGCAUAUGAAGCUGUAAUCCAGAUGAGGGAGAUACAAUUUUAAUAUUAAAAACAAAAAUGAAAAAAAAAGAGGAGGACUGACUAUGCAGUAAAAUACGUAUAGUUCUGUGCAGAGAUGACUUGCAAGCCUGAACUAUAUUUAAAGAUACUUUGUAAAAAUGUACAUAGCUGUGAGUUUAAAAACAGAAGAAAAAAGAAGAAGCUUUUAUUGAUGUUUUCAGUUUGAAAAGAGCUUUUAGAAAGAUUGUGCAUUCUGUUGUGACCUAUGUGUAUAUACAUUAGUCAUAUCACUUCUGUUUCCUCCAAGCCCAAAGGAGGAAUUUCUUCUUAAUUACUAGUGGUAAACAAAAAAACAAACAAAAAAACCAACAAAAACAAACAAACAAAAAAAUUUUCUAACAUGUUUCAUUUAUAGGAGGUCAUGGUGUCAUGCAGAGGAUACAGUUGUCUGUGUGACCUGCAUAUUUUCUCUUACAGGUUACACUAGUGCAUGUUAAAGUAUUCAUAAGAGGUUGUUCUUUUCUGAAACUUUUUUUUUCUAUAAUUUAAUUUUCUGUUAGCCUUUGUUUAAUUGCAACACAGCAAUGGAUUGGAAAAUGGAGAAAAAAAAUCACAUAAUUGCUAUUUUAAUCUUGUUGAACUGAAUCAAGAAACGUCCAAUAAUAUAUAUCCAGAGUCCAGUUUGUAGUUCUCGGUUAUUGUGAUAUAUUAGAAAGAGUUUUGUGCCCUGACAAAAGCAAAGAAAGCCUGUGUUUUGGUCAGCAUUUUCAGAAGAAAACUAGCUCUAUAUUCACCAGCAGUUGCAGUGGAAUCUCGCUUGAGACAGCACCUUCUUACCUUUGCUAAAUAAAAUAAAACCACAAUUUGAAAGUGGGGAAAUGGUGGGUUGGUUGGGUGACUAUUUUUUAUAUGUUCAGAAAUGAUCAGUAUGUAAAGAACUUCUCUGCCCAAUAUCCUGUUUUAUGCUUGAGAGCAUACCUGUCAGAAAAUACCUUUUUUGCUGACUUAUUAUGCAGCAGUCCCAGAGUCAGUUAAUAUUAUAGAGAGUGAAGCAGAGACGUCAUCAACUCUUCUACAUCUGCAUAAAACCAAAAGUCCCAGACAGCCUUGCCCUCAGAAAGGGCAAAAUUCUUAGCUGGUUAUUCCCUCCUGCCUUCCUUCACUAGGAAACCAGUGGUCAGGAGAGCUAUCAAACAGAGAAACUGACCAGUUUGAGUCAAACAACUUAUUAGAAUGUGAAAAGCUAGAAAUAAGUUCUUGCAAAUAAAGACUGUUUUUUAUUUGUCUUUGAAAGUUACUCCGUCAUUGAGAAAUAGUAACCAAAGAUAUUUCAACAAAUUGGUCUGCACUUGAACAUGAUUAUCCCAGAUUAAUUUCCUAUUGUUAAUUCACAGCUAAGCUACAUCAAUAUCAUAUGUCCCAUAAGUAUCUAACACAAGAUGCCUUGUAUCUCUUCUUGUUUUCUAUGCUUUUUGUUUUCUAAUAAAAUAUCUUGGAAUAGUCACCCCUACAAAUAAAGUCCAAGACAAGGUGGUUCACUGAGGUCUAUUAAUCUGCAAAACUUGUCGUUGUAGCAGGCAGUAAAACAGAUUCUGAAGGAAAGACAUAAAAAGAAAGUCAAUUACAUGAUAAAAAUGCAACAUGUGGCUGAUAUAAUCAUUUAUCUGUAAUAAAUGUGCUAUAAACCUGACCUGGAUGCUCAGGUUGGAAUGUGAUGAAGCAACAACUCCAAAGUACAAAUGAAAAACUUUUUUUUUUUUUCUCACUGAUCCAUCACAUGAUGCUCAUUAAUUCUGGCUUAUACUAGACUAUUUCCACAACCAAUGUAAUGCCUCAGCUGAGAUGCAUCAGUUCAUAGCUCCUAAAAAAAAAAAAAAGGUUUAAAAAAGAAAAAAAAAAAAAGAAAAAAAAAAGAAAAAAAGGUGAUGAUGUUUGGCAUCAUAAUCAGUUGGGUAUGUUUGUAAUGUGAAUUACAGUAUUUGUUUAGUACUUCAAAUUGUCUUCUGCUAGCAAUAUGUACAGUACUGUGUCAGGCUUGUGACAUUUGGGUAAAAAAAAAGUUCCUGUAAGUGAAUGAUUUAGCUUUUAAAAGUAAUUACAAUCAAGAUGAUUUAAUAAUUUAAUACAUCUGGACUGAUGUAUGAUUUAUAGAGGGAACAGAUUUAUAGGGUCUUCAUAGAAUUCUAUAAUAAUGAUAUCAAAAUAUACUUUGCAAACUGUAAGAGAAAAACAAAAGUACUUACCCAGGCUUAUAUUCUUGACCUUAAGAGGCACGCAGGGUUUAAUGGUUUCUUCUGUUAUUGUUUUGCAAUUUUUUGGUUUUUGCCUUAAGUAAUGAUAGAAGAUAUAUAUGGCUGGACACAUAUGUAUAAACUUUUCAGCAGCAUUUUUAAUAAUAAAAUAUCACAGUAUUUUCUAA